CAAACAGAGCUUGUGCUUCAGUCCUCCCCUGGCACUCAGUGCAGAGUGAGCAGGAACAAACUCCAGAGACCCAAGGAGAGAGCACUUCGCUGAGAGCUGAACCAGUGACCUCCUGGCUUCCGGUGAGAACAGACCACCACAAUGGAACCCAAACCUCAGAAGAGUCCAGGCAAACAAUUUCCCUGUUACUAUGAAAAUGAAGCCUGCAAACACGAAUACUUUAUUAAGUCACCGCCCCCUCAGCUUUUCUCCUCAGCGCCCUCUUGGAAAAAGCGUUUUUUUGUUCUGUCAAGGAGUGGGGAGAAGGACUUUAAUCUUUCUUAUUACAAAGACCAUCAGCGCCGAGGUUUCAUUAAAAUUGAUCAAAAUUCCCAUGUAGAAGUUGGCAUAAGUAACCCUGAAAAAAUGCAAGCUGUACAGAAGAUGUUUAAAUGCCACCCUGAUGAGGUGAUGUCCAUCAGAACCACCAGCCGAGAAUACUUCCUCAUUAGCUGUGACAAGGAGAAGAUUAAAGACUGGGUCUCCUUCAUGUCAUCAUUUCGCCGGGAUAUGAAAGCAGCACCCCAGAAUGCAGAGGAGAAACGCUCAUUGGGUAACAUGAGGCCCUCUUCAGACCCCAGCCUUCUCCUUGGUUCUUCCAGCACAUUGGAGACCGUCAGCUCCACCUCACGAAGAAAUACUCUUCCAGAUGUGCAUUUCAUGGAAAAAAGUUCUCCAGGACUCAGACAAGCUUAUCUACCACAUGAUAUUUUGACAGAGACUACCCAAGACACAGAAGAGAGUCACUAUGUCAGUCCGCGAAGUAUUCUUUUAGAGUUGGAUAAGAUUAUUGCUGCCAGUGAAUCUGAUGAACCCCUUGGACCUGGUAGUCCAGACCAGGACUCCAAGAAAAUUGAGCAUCACUACAUGUCGAUGAAAUCCUGUUUGUUCAAAGACACAACCGAUGAGUCUGCUGAUAGCAAAGAGGAUUCCCAGACUGUUCCAGAGAGCCAGAACGGGGAGCUUCACCUACAGGAACAAGACUCAGGAAGCGACUCUCACCUUUCACCUGCCAAAACAGAAGCCCAGGCCACGAAUGACAAAAAGGGGUCGGCCUCACUAACUGUUGUGCAGCUGACUAUAUUAAUCAAUAACGUUCCUGACGAAAGCCAGGUGGAGAAGCUGAAUGUGUUCCUUUCUCUGUCUGACAUUACCAAUUACUUGGCUCUCACAGAAGCCGCAGGGCGGAUAUGUGUGGCUCACUGGGAAGGCCCUCAGCGCCUGGGAUGCUUAUUUUUCCACGGAGAUCACCUUCUGGCCGUGAAUGACCUGAAGCCCCACGGCCUGGAGGAGGCUUUCUUGUUUCUCAAACGGUCAGUCCAGAAGGAGAAAGUAAAACUCACCAUUGGCCGGGUCCAAAAUUCAGAGAAAUUCCACGCCAUAGACUGUACAUGCCCCUUAAAAUACCAAGGUGUCGCACCUUCUCGAACGGAUGAGUCUGAACUGGAGAGGGCACCAAAGAGGACUCCAGCCAUUAAAAGGGGUCAUCAGAAAAGCACUGGACAGUAA